AUGACUCAGACGCCCCCCUAUGGCCGUCGUCUGCUGCCCCAGGUCGUCGACGAGAUCGCCGCUUCCGAUCCCCGUCGUGUCUGGGCUGCCAUCCCCCGCGACCCGGACGAUCUGACAGCCGGAUAUGUCGACCUGACGUACGCGCAAUACGCCAAUGCCAUCAAUCGCGCCGCCUGGUGGUUGGAGGACCGCCUGGGCGGGAAGAGCUCGUCCUUUGAGCCGCUGGCGUAUGCGGGCCCGUCGGAUAUCAGAUACACCGUCUUUGCCCUGGCGGCCAUGAAGGCGGGAUAUCAGGUUGUCGAAAAUACACCUAUGAUCUUCCCCUCACCCCGCAACAGCAACGAAGCCCACUACGCCGUCCUCAAGGCCGCCGGCUGUUCCAAGUUCCUCCACGCCACGACGACAGCGGCCCUCGCUCAGAGCCUCAAAGACGGAUGGCCGCACGCAGAGGGCACCUCAGGCGAAUUGCUCACGCUUCAGGUCCCCGAGUACCAGGAAUUUCUCGACGAGACGCCCGCGCCGCAUUAUCCGUAUGAAAAGACGUUUGACGAAGCGAAGAACGACCCUUUUCUGAUUCUACAUACGUCUGGGACUACUGGCCUACCAAAACCAAUCUUUUUAACAAACGGCUACUGUGCCCAUGAGGACCUGCUACGCUUCUUCCCCAAGAUCGACGGCAGAGGCAUCAUCACCAACCUGCCCGCCGAGUCGCGAUGCUUCCUGGCAAUGAAUCUCUUCCAUGCCGGUGGUGUGCAAGUCUCGCUUCUCAAAGGCAUUUUCCUCGGCGUGAUUAUUGUCUUCCCUCCGCCGGAGAAAGUACUGAAUGCCGACGACGUCAACGCCGGUAUCAUCCACGGGAACUGCGACGGCUGCGUGCUGCCGCCGUCCCUGGUCGAGGACAUGUGCGAUGUGCCCGAGUUCCUCGACACGCUGGCCCGCAUGAAAUACAUCGUCUUUGGCUCCGCGCCGCUGUCCAAGGCCAGCGGCGAUCUGCUGCACCGCCGCAACCCCAACGGCUUCCACUGGAUGGGCCAGACCGAGACGGAGCUGCUGCCCCUGGUGCAGCUCGAGAACCCGGAGGAGGACUGGCAGUAUUUCCACUUCCACCCGUGGACCGGCGCCGAGCUGCGGCCCAUCGGCGACAGCGAGGACCUGCACGAGCUGUUCAUCGUGCGCAUGAAGGACCCGCCGCUGCCGCACCUGCAGCCCGUGUUCGAGAACUUCCCAGACCUCCAGGAGCACUCCCUCAAGGACCUGUUCUCGCGGCAUCCGACGAAGCCGUACCUGUGGCGGCACCGCGGCCGCAUCGAUGACGUCCUGGUGCUGUCCAACGGCGAGAAACUGAACCCGGUCUCGAUCGAGGGCCUCAUCACCAAGAACGACCCGCGCGUCACCGGGGCGCUGGUCGUCGGCGAAGGACGAUUCCAGCCGGGCCUGCUGCUCGAGCUCCGGGGCGCUGAUGUGCCCACGACCGAGGAGGGCCGCAGAAAGCUCAUCGACGAGAUCUGGCCGGUCGUCGAGCAGGCGAACAAGACCAGUCCGGCAUACGGGCAGAUCUCCAAAUCGCACAUCAUCUUCGCGUCCCCGGAGAAGCCGUUCCAGAGAACGCCCAAGAACACCAUCAAGCGCAAAGUCGUCGUCAAGGAGUACGCCGACGAGAUCGCCGCCAUGUACGCCGCGGCCGCACAGGGCGUGGCCGCCGAUAUCCCCCCGGCGGACGUGCACUCGCUGGACUCGCUGCAGGAAUACGCACGGCGGCUGGUGGCCAAGGUCGCAGGCAAGCCAGCGCCGGAUGACGACGCUGACAUCUUUGCGCUGGGCGUCGACUCGCUGCAGGUGGUGCAGAUGGUGCAGGCCAUCAAGGCGCUGCUGCGCAACCAGGGCGUUGCCUGCGACGACAGGGCCGUCAGCCCGCGACUCAUCUAUCGCAAUCCCACCGUGCGGCUGCUGGGAGCUGCAAUUUUUGCCAUCGCCUCGCCCGACGCCUCUAUUGUCUCUCAGGAUACUCGCGCGGCGACGCUGCAGCGCAUCCUCGACCGCUGGACCAAGGACCUCCCAACGCCGGACACCCUGCCGGCCGUCGGGCCAGAACCAGAGACCUGGACGGUGGUCCUGACCGGGUCCACCGGUUCGCUGGGCUCGUACCUGCUGGACGCGCUGCUGGGCAACCCGCGCGUGGGCAAAGUCAUCUGUCUGAACCGAUCCUCCGGCGGCGCAGACCGGCAGCUGGCCGUCUGCGAGGCCCGGGGCCUGCGGACGUCCCAGCUGGAGGAAGGCAUCGCCUCGCGCGUCGAGUUCCUGCAGAGUGACGACCUGUCUGCGCCGCAGCUGGGCCUGGCGUCGGCGACGGACUACGAGCGCUUGCUCACGACGGUCACGCACGUCAUUCACAACGCCUGGCCGGUCAACUUCAAUCUGUCAGUCGAGUCGUUCGACCGGCACAUCGGCGGCGUGCGCCGGCUGGUCGAGCUGAGCGCGGCGUCUGCCCACCGCGCGUCCAUCUUUUACGUGUCCAGCAUCUCGUCCGUCGCCGGCUGGAGAGGCAGCACGACCGCGCCGGAGGAGAUCCUGCACGACCACUCCGCGCCGGAGGCCAUGGGCUACGGCGAGUCCAAGUACCUGUCAGAGCGGCUGCUGGACGCUGCUGCAGCUGCGUCCGAGGGCCAGAUCCCCGCCAGCAUCCUCCGCGUCGGGCAGAUCGCAGGGCCGAUUGGGCUGCGCAACAACUCUCUGUCGUCGUCCUGGCCCGACGCGGACGGCGAUCUGCCGGCGGCAGGCAAGUGGAACGAGCAGGAGUGGCUGCCCAGCCUGGUGCGGAGCUCGGCGACGCUGCGCAUGCUGCCGACGACGCUGGGCACGAUGGACGCGGUGGAAUGGGUGCCAGUCGACGUGAUGGCGCGGGUGAUCGCGGUCGAUCUGCUGUUGUCGCCACGCGAGAAGCGGGCCUCGGCGGCGGUGUACAACCUCACCAACCCGGCCGAGACCAGCUGGUCGACCGCCCUGCUGCCGGUGGUGUGGGAGGGUCUGUCGGGGACGAUCGCCUCGGAGAUCACCCUGCGCGACCUGCCCUCGUGGAUCGCCGCGGUGCGGGCUGGCCCAGCAGCCGACGCCGGCAACCCGGCGCUCAAGAUUAUCGAGUUCUACGAGAACCUCACGCGCGGCGACCGGCAGCAGUAUGCGACGGCGCAGGCGACGGCGGCGAGCCCGACGCUGCGGGCCUUGGGGCCGGGAGUGAUGAUCGACUGGCUAGAAUCCGCUAAGAAGUUAUCUCCACGUCUGAAUAACUAA